AAAGACACACUCCUAUCAAAAUGUCAUUGGAAUAUGUAGAUUGUCAUAAUGGCAUUGAUUGCUUAUUCAGUCUCUCCAUACCUAACUUACCUCUCCCAUCCUCCUCUCUUUACUCUCCUUAACUUCCCCCAAUUAAUUCCUCACAUACCUUUACCUUCAAAACCUCAAAUAGUAGUUACUCUAGUACACUUGCUUCUCUGCCCUAACCAAAACUCAUCAAAACCUAGCCAGAAACAAUACACAUCUAUUGAUCUUGUGAUGAUGGAGAAAGGAACUGGUAUUGUAGUUACAACUACAAGAUCUCCAAUGCAGCUUAUGAUGGGACCUUCUGUUGCUGCAACUGGUGAUCAGGAACAAGAAGGUAACAAACCUACCUUCCUACGCACUGCCGAGACUUUCUUGCGUCUACUUCCCAUUGGCCUUUGCGUUACAGCUCUUGUCCUCAUGCUUAAGAACUCCGAAGAAAACGAUAAUGGAUCUGUUUCCUACACUGACCUUGGAGCUUUCAGGUAUUUGGUGCACGCGAAUGGUAUUUGCGCAGGUUACUCCCUACUUUCAGCUGUUCUUGUUGCUGUCCCCCGUCCUACUAUAUCUCGUGCUUGGACUUUCUUCUUCCUCGACCAGGCACUAACAUACAUAGUUUUGAGUGCGGGAGCUUCGUCGAUGGAGGUGGUGUUCCUGGCUGAGAAUGGAGACAGUGCAACAGUGUGGAGUUCAGCUUGUGGUUCUUUUGGUCAGUUUUGUCAUAAGGUCACAGCAUCAGUAACUAUCACUUUUGUAGCACUGGUUUGCUAUGUGAUUCUUUCUCUCAUUUCAUCUUACAAGCUGUUCAGCAAGUAUGAUGUUCCAGCAAGUAGCACCAGUGAUGCUACAGAAACUCACCACAUUGCUCCUGCUUUCCGUGGCUAGCUGAUACUUAUGCUUGUUGUGUUAUAGGAUGAUAAUUUAGUAGUUAAUUUUCUAUGUUUUAUGCUUAAGAUAGGUAUGGCCGUAUGGCCAAUAAUAUUAAAUUAAAUGUAUCUAUGUAUUACCAGACUUUUAUUUAUUAUAUAUGGUUCAUGGAUCACUUUAACCUGCUUCAUAAUUGACCACAUA